AUGGCUGCUGGCGUCGUGGUGAAUGUCCACAACAACGACGACGACAUUCCUACUGAGGGCUCGCGCACUUACGCUAUCGUUGUGUGCGUCUUCGCCGCUCUGGGUGGCCUCUUCUUCGGCUAUGACCAGGGUGUGACGUCGGGCGUCCUCAUCAUGGACUCCUUCAUCAACGACUACUGCGUCGGCUGGCACAACUUCACCUACGAUCAAUGUACCGACUCCGCGUCCAACCUGCCGCAUGAGUGGACCGACUUCACUGUGUGGUACAAUAUGGCUUACAACCUGGGUUGUCUCGCUGGCGCUACUUCCGGUGGCAUCGUGGCCGACAAGUUUGGUCGUCGCUGGACCAUUUUCACGGCCGGUCUGCUCUUCUGCAUUGGUACCUCGUGGGUGUGCUUCAACAAGGCACACGAGCACACGCUCAUGUACAUCGCUCGUGUGAUUCAGGGCUUCGGUGUGGGCAACUCGUCGUUCUCACUGCCUCUGUUUGGUGCCGAGAUGGCCCCCAAGGAGCUGCGUGGUCUGCUCUCUGGGUUCAUGCAGAUGACCGUUGUGACGGGUCUCUUCCUGGCCAACGUCGUCAACAUCAUCGUGGAGAACCGUGCGCACGGCUGGCGUACGACCAACGGCGUGGCCAUGGCUGCCCCGAUCGUCGUCAUGCUCGGCAUCUUCUUCGUGCCGGAAAGUCCUCGCUGGACGUACCUGCACAAGGGAAAGGAGGAGGCGGAGCGCGUGCUCAAGCGUCUCCGUCAGACCGACAAUGUCGGCCGCGAGCUGCAGGUUAUCGGUGACCAGGUGGAAGAGGAGUUGUCGGCUUCAAAGGGUCUGGGUGAGCUACUGGAGCCGUCUAUUUUCAAGCGUGUAGCCAUUGCGAUGCUUCUCCAGGUCCUGCAGCAGGCUACUGGUAUCAACCCCAUCUUCAGCUACGGCGCGCUGAUUUUCAAGGACAUCACCAACGCCGGUAUCUACUCGGCCUUCUUCCUGUCGGGUGUCAACUUCCUCAGUACCAUCCCUGCCAUGCGCUGGGUAGACACGUUUGGUCGUCGUCAGUUGCUGCUCAUCGGUGCCGUGGGUAUGGUGGUCGGCCACUUGUUCGCAGCCAUCCUGUUCACUGCCAUUUGCGACGGCAACGUCGAUAACGCUGGUUGUCCCAGUGUGGGUGGUUGGUUCAUCUGUGUGGGCUCGGCCUUCUUCGUCUUCAACUUCGCCAUCUCCUGGGGCCCCGUGUGCUGGAUUUACCCGGCCGAGAUUUUCCCAUUGGGUGUGCGUGCGCCUGCUGUGGCGCUCUCCACGGCGGCCAACUGGGCCAUGGGUGCUGUCAUGACGGAAGUGGUCAAGCUCUUCCCGCACUUGAACAUCAACGGUGUGUUCUUCUUAUUCGCCGGUCUGUGCUGUAUCUGCGGUAUCUUCGUGUACUUCUUCUGCCCGGAGACGAAGGGUAUGAUGCUCGAGGACAUCGAGGUGCUGUUCCAGAGCGGACCGCCCAAGUCACCUGCAUUCGUGGAAAUCAAGUCUCCACAACAGUCGAUGGCGUAG